UAUCACCAUCCUCAUUCCCCUUCUCACCCUCUUUCACAGCAAGGUUGGUAUCAGCGUAUGGCAACGCAGUGAGCAGGUCAUGAUGGAUACAGGGGGCAAAUGCUCAGGAUAGUCGGAGGAGGGGAAGAUGGGACUGGCUGGCCACUCGAGGUUGGCUGCGAAGAUGGACGAAGCUCCGAGCGUCUGAGAGAUGCUGGACGGGCGAGGAGCGAGGCGGGAACAGGGAUCGGGAAGAUGGAUCACGCAGUCGUCACCACGAGCACGCAGCUGGAUGCUGACUUCCAUCAUCACUGUCGUCUCGCUCGCACAGACUAUGGCCCGCAACUCGGACAUCGCUCCCUACGUCGGACGACUGAGCCGAUCGGCGGCCUUCGGCAAGAAGGGCGGCUACAAGACCGUUGCCGCUCGCAAGCCCGUCGCUCCCAAGAGCGAGGAGGUUGCCGAGACCAAGUCCAAGGACCUCAAGAAGGGCGGCUCUCGCUCCAUCCCCGUCACCAAGGCCUCUCGCUACUACCCCGCCGAGGACGUCAAGAAGCCCAAGGCUUCGCGCAAGGUCUCUCGCCCCGCCACGCUCCGCAAGAACAUCCAGCCCGGAACUGUCCUCAUCCUCCUCGCCGGCCGCUUCAGGGGAAAGCGUGUCGUCUUCCUCAAGCAGCUCGAGAGCGGCCUCCUCCUCGUCACUGGCCCCUUCAAGGUCAACGGCGUCCCCAUCCGUCGCGUCAACCAGGCCUACGUCAUCGCCACCUCGACCAAGGUGGACCUCUCGGGCGUCUCGGUCGACGAGAAGCUCAACGACGCUUACUUCCGCCGCGAGAAGACUGCUGGUGCCAAGCCGGAGGCAAGCUUCUUCGCUGACCCGAAGAACAAGCAGCCCCACCCUUCCAACAAGGUCGCUGACCAGAAGGCUCUGGACAAGGCUGUCAUUGCCGCCGUCAAGAAGAGCGGACCCGUCAUGGCCAAGUACCUUGCGGCCACCUUCUCGCUCAGCAACGGUGACAAGCCCCACGCUAUGCGCUUCUAAGCGGGCGUGGUGCAGAGAAUCGUAGCAGUUGAGAUGGUUGGGUAGAGCGAUGGGUAGUUAGGCAGACGAUGACGAUGAUGGCAGGCGGGGCCAGCAGACGAGCGAGCUAAAGACGGCGUGCGUGUAUUCCCCCACACCUCUUGGACGCUCAGACAGUAGCGUAGCAGCGGCAUGAUGAGUGCUGGGCUCGCUGCACACACACACAGCAGCAGCAUUGGAGGGGGCGAGAGAGAGAGAGGG